CGCCGCCGGCUGAGAAGGCGAAAAAGAGCUGUCUGGGGCUGUGCAUAGAUUAUGCAAAGCAGCCGAAUCCCAUGCCUUCCCGGCCAGGGCGAGUGGGGGGCGCCCGCCCCUCGGUCUAGGUGAAUACAUUAUGCUAAUGAGCCCCCGCCAGAGGUCCUGGCAAGCGCUGGAAAGCGGCGUGCGCGGCGAACAGUCCGGAGAAGCAAGCGAGAGGAAGGCAGAGGAGGAGGAGGAGGAAGCAGCGGCUCCUGUUCCUGACAGCCUGCCGCUCCUGAGAUCGCCUCGGCGGGCAGGGGGCUGCAAGGACCGGAGGGGAAGCGGGCCCGAGCCAUAGCUGCCGCCUGGGACACCCCACUCGAGGUAGAGGGCGAGUCUUGGAGUGCACCAAGAACUAGAGAAAAGAAGAAGAGGCAAAAGAAGCAACAAGUCCUCCUUGGGAAGAAACUCACACCUGGGAACAGGGAAGGGGCUGAUAGAGAUCUAGAUCUAGAUUGGGCAGAGAGCUCUUCUCUCAAGGGUCCCCUUGGAUGCGAAACAUUUAGGAGGCGAGAUUCGGAAACCUUGCCAUGAAGCCUGCGACGCGCGCCGCAUUUCUGCACUGAAAGUUGCGCGCCCGGCUUGGAUUUUCCCUCUUUGCCUUUGCUUGCUAUCCCUGGUCUUUUGGUGGCCGGGGGACUACAAGGAGGAGGAAGAAGUAGAAGAGGGGAAGGAGUAAAGGAGGCAAGGGAGCCCUCUCUUUCCUUUCCCACCUCAGCAUGGGGAGCCAAAAACCCGACGCCGGGGGUCAGGAUGCCAAGGGGAAGGCCCAGCGCUGCUUUGGAGACCCCAACUGGACUGCUCCCCUGGCCUGGCUCCUGGCUGCCUCCCUCCUCUCGGGAAUCUCCAUCGGUGCCUCUGUGUAUCUGGGAAUCAAGACCGCUGACCUUCAAGUCAGGGUCUCGACCAUCGAGAGUGCCCGAGGGGACAUAUCUGCUGAUGCUGCUGCUUCUUAUCUGACCCUGCCGGGCUAUUCUUUGGAUCAGCUGAAUUCACUGGUGCAGGACAAAGUGGAGCGGCUUCUGGCUCAGAAGUCCUAUGAGCAUAUGGCAAAAAUCAGAAUGGCAAGAGAAGCUACUCCAGAAUGCAACUGCCCACCAGGUCCUCCUGGUAAACGGGGUAAACGAGGAAGAAGAGGAGAGAUUGGACCCCCUGGUCAACCUGGCCCUCAAGGCUCACCUGGUCCAAAAGGUGAGAAGGGAGAUCAAGGUGAUCAGGGCCCACGGAUGGUGUUUCCUAAAAUCAAUCAUGGGUUUCUCUCUGCUGAUCAGCAGCUCAUUAAACGCCGCCUCAUUAAGGGUGACCAAGGACAAGUUGGACCCCCCGGGCCUCCAGGGCCUCCAGGACCAAGGGGCCCUCCUGGGGAUACUGGCAAAGAUGGCCCCCGCGGAAUGCCAGGUGCACCGGGUGAUCCAGGAAAGCCAGGUGAACAAGGCUUGAUGGGGCCUCAGGGGCCUCCAGGACAAAAGGGUUCGUUUGGUGCACCUGGUGUUCCAGGAAUGGAUGGAAAUCAGGGAGAACCCGGUGAAAUUGGAAAAGGAGGACCACCAGGGCUUAAGGGUGAUCCUGGACAGCAAGGAGAAAAGGGUGAUGCUGGAGAUAGUGGACCCAAAGGUGAAGCAGGAGAAAAGGGUGACCCUGGAUCUUCUGCUGCAGGAAUUAAGGGAGAACCUGGAGAAUCAGGGCGACCAGGACAAAAGGGUGAACCUGGACUACCUGGACUACCAGGAUUGCCUGGAAUUAAGGGUGAGCCAGGUUUCUUGGGUCCACAGGGAGAACCUGGAUUACCAGGAUUACCAGGGACAAAGGGCGAACGGGGAGAUGUGGGUCCUCCGGGGAAAGGCGAACGAGGUGAGCCUGGAGCUCCUGGACCAAAGGGAAGAUCAGGUGAAUCUGGAGCUAGAGGUCCAAAGGGGUCAAAGGGUGAUCCUGGAGAGAAUGGUGGCCUGGGGGCCACAGGCCCACGGGGCCCACCUGGACAAAAAGGUGACCAAGGUGCCACAGAGAUCAUUGACUACAACGGCAAUAUCCAUGAAGCCUUACAGAGGAUUACCACCCUAACUGUCACGGGUCCUCCAGGCCCACCUGGACCCCAAGGGUUACAAGGGAUAAAGGGUGACCCCGGAUCCCCAGGAUUACCUGGUGCUGAUGGGGAGCAGGGGCUCAAAGGGUCAAAGGGUGAUAUGGGUGACCCUGGAAUACCAGGAGAAAAAGGAGGAAUUGGACUUCCAGGAUUGCCAGGCUCCAGUGGCGCAAAAGGAGACAAAGGAGACGUUGGUUUGCCAGGUCCACAAGGUCCCUCAAUUAUAGGACCACCAGGACCACCAGGCCCACAUGGUUCACCUGGGCCUAUGGGACCUCAUGGACUGCCAGGCCCAAAGGGAGCAUCUGGCUUAGACGGAAAGCCAGGACCCCGGGGUAUGGAUGGUCCAGUUGGUCCACAUGGCCUUGCAGGUCCAAAAGGAGACAGGGGUGAAAAGGGAAUUCCAGGAGAUCCUGGGCCCAGAGGACCGUAUGGCUUACCUGGAAAAGAUGGCGAACCUGGCCUCGAUGGUUUCCCUGGGCCUCGUGGAGAAAAGGGUGAUGUAGGAGAAAGGGGAGAAAAGGGUUUCCGAGGAAUUAAGGGGGAAAAAGGGGAGCCAGGCCAGCCAGGCCUGGAUGGGCUGGAUGCCCCUUGCCAAUUGGGGCCAGAUGGAUUACCAAUGCCUGGCUGUUGGCAAAAGGGAGUUACACCAUGGCUCAUUGCAAAAAAAUGAUAAGAUGAGGAGUUUAAGACAAUGGUCUUGAAUUUGGAAGGAAUUGCCGUUCCUUCCGAUGGUGGAUGGCUCUGUCUUCUGGGUUAUGAAACCACCCUUGUCAGGAAAAGGUGAUACCUGUUCAUCAGCCUCCAUUUGCUUGCACUGCUCACAGUCACAAGAUAGCCAUAUUGGGUGAAUUUCAACACAAGGCCCUGCUGAUUAUUUAACGAAGAAGAAAAGAAGAUCUUGUUUUGUGAGUGGGAUGACAAGUUGCAGAGAGAUGCCAGAUGGAUUGUGUGAGGAUGGAUCUCCGUAUCAACUGGAAGAUGGCGGCUUUCUUCAAGUAUUAGUACAAUAUGCAUUUCACAUAUUGUAUUUUGAUAUUAUUCCAUGUGGGAAGAAUUCUUGACACAAGAUACCAUAAAAUGCCUUCCCCCCCAAAUGAUGGAACAACGAUGACUUUGUAUGGCUUGCCAUUUGGAUUUUAGACAUUCUUGGUGAAAUGGCAACUACUUGUAGGAUACUGGGAAAUAUAUUUAAUUUUAUUUGUUUAAUACUUCUGUUUGCUGACUUCUUCUUCAUUCAUUCUUAUGGACACUUACUUUUUGAAGAGCACCCUGGUGUUCACCGCCUUUCAGUACUGUGUUUUUGGAGAUCUGUUGAGUCUUUACUGAUAUAAAGCAAGUUGUUUGUCUUUUUUACUUGCUGAUUUCUUAACAUGUCUUUUUUCCUUCUGCAGUUAACAUAUUUUGCGGUCUCAUACUCCAGAGGAUGUGGAAAAGGGAAAGCAAAAAUGGUUAUUGUAUGAAAGUUGCAGUCCAUUGUAAAUUUUAGCGCAAAUAUUUUCUUUUUUCAUCUGCAGUUAUGCAAAUAUUUACUUCACAAUGGACUCAAUUGAAUUCACAGUCUAACUUUUGAGUAGACACUCUUAGAGUCCCAUUGAAUUUUGAACACAUCUGUUCAACAUUUUUAUGUUUAGCUAUAUAUACAAAAGGGACAUUUGUAAUCAUUCUGUGAAAAUAAUUUAUGUUGCAUGAUAUACUACUUGUUUUAAAGAGUAAUUUCAUAUUUCAAUAUGUUCAUAAUUUUUUUUAAAGGCUGACCAAAAAUUUCAUACACAAGUAAAAUGAUUUCAAAGGGAUGUUUUCAUUAUGCAAUCAAAUUUCUGGAAAUAAGUAUUGGUUGCCUUCAUUAUCACGUGAGUUUCCUUUUGAAAUAGAUUAUAAGAUAACAUUAUCAAAUGUUAGUUUCCUACUGCCUUGUAGCUGUGAAUCAAUAUGAGAUCAAAACCUUACUUAUCAUUUCCUUAAAAUUCAAAUUUAAUUUUCAGAAUGCCAGGGACAUUGAAAGGAUUUUUUCCCUGUUUUCUUUUUGGAAAAAAUAUCCCUUGGGGAUUUUUUUUCCUCAGCAGCAGGUUUAAAAGUAAAGUUUUUCAUCUUAAUACUUCUAACCAAAGUUUCAGCAGUGUCCUGUGAGCAAAAGAGACCGUGAGGAGGAUCAGAUGCUCAGGGAAACCAGAAAAAAAGAAUGCGUUUGCUAAAUACUUUCUUUGCACUCGUGACUUUAUUUUUGCUGUUAGCUGCCUCAGUUGCAGGAUUAAUGUUCACAACUUUAGAGAAAUGAAAUUGGUCAGAUGAUGUGUGCAUGUACAUAUAAGCAUCUAUUAAUAGGAAAACCAACUUGCAAAUGAGAUAGUGGACUUUACCUUGUGCAAGGAAUCUCCCAUUCAUUUAUGCUCCUGAGCCCCUUUAUUCCAUCCAAAUCUCUUGCAGAGAUUUCCCAGUCAUUUCAAAAGACAUUUUGGGGUUAUGUGGGUGGCUGAACCAUGAACUGAAAAUCCAUUUUGCCAGUGACGUCUUAGCAGAUGAGCACCUCUGAAUUUCACUCAUAGUCUUCCAAUAUAUUUAUCUUUGAAUCGCUUCUUUAUAAUUUGUGAUACUUCUUGUUACAUUCUGGUGUACACUUAAUGCAUACUUUUAGAUCUGUUCAGAUGUUGGACAUCAUUAUGUAAGCAAAGAGCCUGUUAACUGAGCAAUACAUUCCAAACAUAAAUUUCCAUAAGAGUUUUGUGUUGCAGGACAUUAAAGCAUAAGUGUUCCCAUUUAUAACUGCUGGUAUUUUAAAACACUAAGGGCACAAGGCUUCCCUGUCUAGGUGCAGCUCCUGCUUAUAGUCAGUUCUGUAGAGAGGAAAAGAGAGCUCUGUUGGUCCUCUGUACCCCAGCAGACAGGACAUCAACCAUGGAGAGUCUAUGAAUGCUUUUCGUAUCCCUAUUCAACUCUGGAUUUUAGUGCUCAAAUUUAGCUUAGAAUUUGGAAAAUUAUUUGAUUACAGCUAACCAUGCUUGCUAGAGAGGAUUCUUAUAGUUGCAGUCCAAAAGUAAUGUUUCAAGUUUUUCACUAGCUGUGUUCACAUUACAUGGAGGGAUGUCUAAGAGAACUGCACAGUUUACAUUGUUUGUAGUGUCCUACCAUCAUGUGGCUUGCAAACUGAGGAUAAAGAACCAACCACUGUUGAGUUCAUUGAGAAACCCUUGGCACAUGAAUGAGAUGCUCUUGCAAGGAGAAGCAUAAUAAUAAAUCCAAUCUGUCCUUAAAGGAACAAAUAAUUGGGUAUCAGUCACUAGUUUCAAAAUAAAAUUAAUCUUGUUUAAGGUGUGGUUAUGAAUUAAUCCUUCUCUGUCCCCAGCUAAUGCAAGAGAUUUUGUCUUGUGCAGAACAUGUCCUAGUUUCCCUUGAGCGUGGACAGUCUUUGAGCUGAUAUAGAUACAGCAAUUUGUUGUUAUUAUGUUCCUUCAAGUCAAUUCAGAUUUAAGGCAUCUCUAGCUGGUUGAUAGCAGUCUGUAUUCUGCUGGCCCUCAACUACAAUGAUAACAGGAAAUAUUAGUAGCCACAUUGAGUAUCUAUACCUGGCAAUAGUUGGGUUGUUUUCUUCUCCUUUAAUAAUUUUCCAUUCAUUUGAUGCAUCUGCAUAAUGCAGGUUACUCAUUAAUUUGUAUUCACUGGAGUUAAUUAAAAUGCUUUUUGUUUCAUGGGAGGAAUCAGCAAUGUCUUAGUAGAUUUGCAUUGUCAUUUAUCACCUGUAGAUUUUAAAUAAGAACAGAUGAGAACGUGGUGCUUGAUUCAUUAAAGGAUCAAAUAAUGAAACUCUAUCAUCCAUAGGACAACAUGUAAGCCCCCCUCCCCUCUAAGGUUGGAAACAGAGCUCUGAUUUGAAAAGCAAUUAUAUGCUUUCCUGAUUCCAAAAAGUAGCCUAUUUGUGAAAAGUCUUGAAGAAGAAGAUUCAAAAUAUUUCUGUAUUUUCUAUGCCAUUUCAGGUAUGACAUAGAUGAAGUGGGCAAGGUUUCCAUUCUGGGCAUUUCUCUCUAUAUGAAGGGAUAAUUAGACUAGUAGAUCAUGGGAAUGAAAUGGUAUAAAAGGAUGAAAAGCAUAAAAUGAUGCUUUGGAAAUGUCAUAGUGCUCCAACUUCAGAAUGUCCUGAUACAAGACUAUACAAUCAUAUUCUAAGCACUUGCAGUGCCUUUGUGUUGUUCUUUAAGGAUUGUUUUGGUGCAACCAAAAAGCCCCUUCUUUUUUCAAUAUUGCUGAUUCACGUUGCUGAUUAGUAUUGCUGAUUUAGGUUAUUAUUGCACUUUUAGUAAUUUGUAGAUUUUAUGAAGUGAUCUAUUUUUCAUAUCAAACAUUGAAAAAUGCCCUGAGCUUAUUUAAGUUCUGCUUCUCUUGCGUGUGUGACUGUUAUUUUUCCUUGCAUAUUCUUCCCAACUAUUAUCUGGUGCCAGAUUUCAUGGAUAUGUUUUCCUUAACAAAGCUAUAUAAUGUCUGGAAACAACAUGUUUCAAAUUAACCUUUCUUUAAAUGCCACAAGCUUUCCUUUAAUCUCCAUAAACAGGAGAGUUGUAUCUAUCCAAUUGCCUCAAAGACAGAUAAUUGUAAAGGAUAGGUUAAAACCCACAAUCCUUAGAUCAUUAGUAACUAAACAUUUUUUCCUCUAAUCUAUUUGUAAUUUUAGAAAUUCUGAAAGUCAUUACAAAGACUAGGAGACUAGGUGAUCGAGUUCUCUCUGAUGUAUCUAUUCAAAAUUAAGGUCAUCCAAAUUCAAAGACUCCAAUUAUGUGCCCCAGGCUCUUUUGGGUUCCCCGCCCCCCAUUCUGCUGAUAUAAAUACAAGCUGAAUGUGCAGAUAAUAUGCUCUGUUUCAUUCAAAUCAUAUCCAUGUUCAUCACCACAUAGAAGCUCUAUGUGUAUAUCAAAAUCUCCAAGUUAUAUUUGUUUCUCAUUUCCUCAUUUUUCUUAUGAAAAAUAUUGAGGAAACAACUCUUUGUUUGCCCAUAUAAUGACUACAUGUCCUACAAAGAGGUGUAAUACAGUAUAGUCUCGCUUAUCCAACCUUCAUUCAUCCAACAUUCUGUAUUAUCCAACACAGUCUGCCUCCUGCCCGGAUCCACAGCUGAUUUGAAAUAUUGUGAUGUUUUGGUGCUAAAUUUAUAAAUACAGCAAUUAGUACAUAACGUUACCAUGUAUUGAAUUGCUUUUUUUGUCAAUUUAUUGUAAAACAUGAUGUUUUGGUUCCUAAUUUGUAAAAUCAUAACAUAAUUGGACGUUUACUAGGCUUUUCUUAAUCCCUCCUUAUUAUCCAACAUUUUUGCUUAUCCAACGUUCUGCCAGCCCGUUUAUGUUGGAUAAGCAAGACUCUACUGUUCUUUGUUUCCCAAAGUCAGUGUCAUGCAUAAUAAUGAAAAGACUUCAGAAUUACAGAGAACAAGAAAGAUAUCUGCUAGGCUUUACAAUUGCAUUCUUUUCAUUGUUUGUUGGCUUUUUGUUUGUUUUAAAUUUAAUUUUGGUGCAAUACAAAGUCCACAAAUGCUAUGGUUGUUGAAGAACCAAGCAAGCAACAAUUCAGUAGUGUACUUGUAGGUCCUGAUUCACCAUUUGGGAUCAAUGGAUGAAAGUCUGGUCUAUAUUUGCGUAAUGAGAAUAAUUUGUUUGGUUCGGUUUGUUUUGUAUAAUAUUCUGUAAUUGUGUGUAAUUAUUUUUGAGCAUAAAAAGUGCACAAAUGGUCACACCCAGUCACAAGGUGGGACAGCACACAUUGUUUUUGCAAACUUUCUAACCUCCAUUAUGUGAUUUUUGUACAGUUGCAUCAAUACAUCCAUAUCAUUUUGUGUCUUUUUAUUUUUCAAACCAAAAGUGACUUUUUUAAAAAGUAUGAAAAGUAUGCUUUUAACAGUGGUCAGCAAUGAGACCUACUUCUUAUAUCAGUAAUAACACCAUCAUUUUCCUUUAUUUUUAUUUAUUUUUGUGUGGUCUUUCAGUUUUGAUCCAAAUGACUUUGAAAACAAGAUAUGUUUCUCAAAACAUCCAGUAUUUUGGGUACAUUUUAUUUGAAAAAAUAUGUCUGCUAUCUUGAUUUCGGACUUUUGAUGUCUUGAUGUAACAGUAUCACCCAGACAAGGGAUGUUUAAUAAAAUGAACCUACCAGUAUUAGGAGAUGGGAGUGCAUUGGCAUUUUUUAAACUGUUAUUUGAAGCAAAAUCUGUUUUUUAUGUGCAAAAAUAUAAUUGUCUUUCUCUGGAGAACAGGGAGCCUUAUACAACCUGGAACCCUCGGCAUUUACCUCUUUACAUUGAGUUGAAAAUCAGGUCAGUCACAUAGUACUGAUCUGAGGUGCUCUGAAAGUAUUUGACUGGGGAAGACUUUACCGUUGAGGUUGGCCACAAUCCCUUGUGCAGUUUAUCCUGUGCAAAACCCAAUGAAAUGAACGGGAGGUAGAUUGUUAACAGAUUAUUGUGUACUUUUCAUAGAUUUGUGUAUGGCUUGCACAGGACCACUUGCUAUUGAAAUGUGCCUGUUCAUUGAGGAUAUGAUGCCAUUGUACAUGUUUGGGAAUUAUAGUAUCAUGCAACUUUGUAACUUUUUUUUAAAAGGUGUAUGUAUCUAUUAUAUUCUUUUGGAAAAUAUUAUAUUUUUAUUUGCAUUUUUUUUACUUUUUUUCAAAUUGUAUGUGUGAUUAUUUUCAUACUUCAUAAUGGUCUCUUUAGAGGAGAGAACAGCCUGCAAUUUUGGGGUGAAUUGUCACUAUCUGUACGAUACAUCACACAGGUCAUGACUCAUGCUGAGCGUCGUAUCACUGUAAAAAAUGGUUGUGUAAAUAUUUCAAGAUGUAAAUCACCGUUUCUUAUUUGUUACACAUCUCUACUUUAUUGUGGCCUCUAGUUCAGGCUUAAUUCAAGACCGAGCAUCAUCAAAUAGUAUGAAUUGUUUCUUCUUUUUUCUUCUUUUUUUAUUCCCCUGGUUUCUUCUUUUCUUUUUCUAUUUUUUCCAGUUAUUUGAGUUUUGUAUUUGUUUUUUGUUCCUAGCUUGUGAGAAGUUGAUCUUCAGAAUUAUUUUUACACUAUUUAUGACUUAUUUUCAUAAUGUAAAAAGUGUGUAAUUAUUAAACUCUUAAUCUUA